AUGCCUGAUGGUGACGCGGCCGUUCGGGACGCUCGUUACUUUGGUUUCCGCGCUGCUUCCGCCGCUCGGAAUACCAAAAAUUGCGAACUUGCCGGUCGUUCCUCCGAUUAUUCAAAAGAGCGGCAAUGGGUUCGUGAUUGA